GCCACGCGAGCGCACCAGCCACGACCGCCACCACGGCUGGGAUGUGUACGAAGUGAAUUACCGACGGACGGAUAAAACGAACGAAAAUAAAUAAAAACAAACGAAAGUGAUUUGUGAUUAAACUAGAAAAAAAGGGUGACUAAUGAAAACAGUUUUGUUUGUGAUUGUAUCAAAAAUGACAAUUGAAAAUGCGAUGCGCGCCGCGCGCCGUCUUUGAGCGGCGUAGUGUUGUGGUAGUUGUCGAUAUUCAAAAUAUCGAGCGGGAACCGAGGCAGCAGCGGCGCAGGCGGCAUGGUGCUCGAGGGCGGGUUGCCGGCGCCGCUGCAACUGUACGCGGCGGCGGCGGCGCAGCUGGCACCGCGACCUGCUUGGCCACCUUUCUUGCCGUUUUUCGGAGUCCCCCCACCGUUUCUAGCCAGGCCGCGACUCCCGCAUCCCUUACCUAAUAGAGCCCCACAUGGUCCUCCUAGUGAAGAUUCUAACGAAGAUGGCGGUAGCAGUAAAGGUGGUGUUGGAGACGACGACGGAGACAGCGGCAAGCGGAGGCGCUCCCGGACCAACUUCAACUCCUGGCAGCUGGAGGAGCUGGAGCGGGCGUUCCUGGCGUCCCACUACCCUGACGUGUUCAUGAGGGAAGCCCUGGCGAUGAGGCUGGACCUCAAAGAGAGCAGAGUCGCGGUAUGGUUCCAAAACCGACGAGCUAAAUGGCGCAAGAAGGAGCACACGAAGAAAGGCCCUGGCCGGCCGGCACACAACGCCCACCCGCAGUCCUGCUCCGGGGAGCCCAUACCGCCUCACGAGCUCAGGGCGCGCGAGAGGGCGAGAAGAAGAAAGAAGCUGGCAAAAGCGUUAGACCGGCAGGCGAGGAAGCUGCGGGCGAAAGGGAUCGCUGUGGACCUGGAGGCUUUAAAGGCCGAAUACCUGGCCCAACACAGGAACAGUGGGCUUUACUCAGACUCUGAUGGAGACGCGGAGGGAGAAGAGUGCAUGAUCGACGUCGUAGGUGGGGAUUCCUGUCAUGACUCCGGCCCAGAAGACUUCUCCCUAUCAGGCCGCCUCCGAGCUCCUUCAGGCGCAGACGGCAUCAAUAAUUCUGACAGCUCGACCUCAGACGCACACUCCGGUCGGAAUUUCAGUCCAAUUCCCGACCCGCAACAUUCUUUUUUCAAACAUUUCGGUGCCGGCAGCCAUUUUGAAAAAUUCGAAUUUGAUCCCAGCAGAGCUGUAUCUUUAGAUCUCAGUGGAGGAGGCACGGCUACUGAACAGGACCUGUCAAAGAAUGGAGGGGCAAGGAAACAUAAUCCAUUCAGUAUAGAGUCCUUGCUUAACACGUGAAAGUGACCGCCUAGAGGCUUAGAGUAAACUAUACCAGUGACGUGAAUAUUCCCUGAAAUGUUCCUUUGUUUUACGUCUAACCUUAUCAUUAGGUAAUUGGCUUCAGUAAAAGACUUAUACCGUAACAUAUCCAGUGUGUAUAGUAAAUUAGAUUGUAUUAUAUAGAUAGUAGUGUAUAUAGCCGUCAUAUUUAUUUUUAAUGUUAUUUUUAAUUGGGGCAAUAAUGUAUAGUUUUAUUGUUGAUGAUGUGGUAUUUUAUUUUUGUGACUUUCAAAUUUUAUUGUUACUUAUUUCAAUUGAGAUUUACCAAAUUACGAGACGAACACAAAUAUCGCAGGGUCACUUGCGAUUUUUACGUUCAUGGAUUCAUUGAUCGAAUUAUUUUUAGCUAUUUAUCUUGUUUUGUGCAACCUCCAUAUUGAAAUAUGUACGUACAUCCAUAAAGAUAUCAUAAUCAGUGUUUUUACAACGUUCAAUUACUAUAUGGCUAUAAAAAUAAUCAAAGAAAAAAAAACAAUUUUGAUGACACCUAUUAAAUAUGUUUUUGUGGACUGAGAUAUCUUUAUUGAAAAGUAUUAUUUUUCUUUUUUUUUAUUUUAUUUAUAUAACUCGUGGAAUCUUUGUCGAGAUUGAAAUUGGGCGAAGUUCAUACAUUCACUUCUCAAUUAGAUUUGAUGUAUAAAACGUGAAUUACGACGUGGCCUGAAAUUGUUUAUUUACUCGGAUUUUUAACUUCGUCUAAAUGCCUAUUUUCAGCAGCUUAACAUGACACUAUGCAAUAUUUGCUUGCUUAAUUUUUCAAUCAUAGUCACCCUUCAGAAAAUAGCAAACUGAUAAGAAUAAUCAUUAUGUACUCAUAAUAUCAAUGAUAAUAAAUAAUUCAGACAAAUUACCAAAAAAUUCAACGUUCUUCGUAGCGGGUUAUUUCAUAACAUUCUUUUUUAUUGUUUUCAUAAGAUAUGCGUAUUAUAUUCUUCGUCAUAGUUUACCUAAAAAAAAAUUGUAAAUUAAAAAAAUAUUUCCAUUAUCAUACCCACAAUUCCAUGUCCAAUCGCAUUUGCGUUCGGGACGUAACCGGAGUAAAUAAAAAAGCAAUAACCCACCAUAUAGUUAGUACUAAUUGGCUGACUUAUCGCUUCGCGUUAUACAUCCAUUAAUUGUUGUUAUUUUACGAGCAGAGAUUGUGUUUCUUUUGCCAAUAGCAAUAAUCGUAUUACGCAGCCAUUUUACUUGUUUUUAUAAAUAAAAUUAAUAUUGUGGUAACAGAGCACCAUGACAUGCAUUCAUUUUUUAAUAGUUUUAUUAAACUCUUUGAAAACAAAGACCAAGAAUAUCUUUGCAGAUAUUUCUUUUUCCUUUGCCUGUUAACCGUUGUUUUUUCACCGUCUAUCAAAAUAUCAAUUAUCUAAAAUACGUAUCUAGUCUUCAAAAAGCAAUUUUUCUCCUUCUUAUUUGAAUUGAACAUUGUAUACGGAGUAUGUAGACGUAUUCAUAAAAAAUUAAACUUAGAAAUAUGAUAUUUCUAUUGUAGGUGCAUUUAGCAAAAUUCGACCAAUUUCAUGACUAAAAUAAUCACUGUUGUUAUAUAGUUAAUCGUUGAUUCAACUUGUAAUAAAAAUAUAUUUUAUUUUCAACCAGACAGUAACUCGAUAUAAACUAUAGUUUUGAGAGGUCAAAGUUACAUGUACUUUGUAUUAAAUUACUUUACGUGGAAAAUUUUAUAUUGUGUAGUUUUGGAUGGGAGAAAAUUUAAUCAAUUAAUUCAUUAUAUUUGUUUUACUACAAAAAAUUCUUAGUAAAAAAAUUUAAUGCAAUCAAAUUUGAAUGAAACGUUUCAACAAAAUAAUAAUCACAAUAACACAUACCUACAUACAUGCAUAAAGUCACGCCUUUUCCCAGAGGGGUAGGCAGAGACUACAUCUUGCCACUUGCCACGAUCUCUGUAUACUUUUUAACACAUAAGCUUCAAUUCACAGAAUAGCGGAGCCUGCGGGCAGACGCCUUCAUUACAACCUUCUUUUUAAUAAUCAAUUAUGAACUAUGAUAAAUUUCCUUCUUUUAUGUUCGCAUCAAAACUACUUAUUUGUAAAAUAAUAUAGGCUGAAGUUAUAUAGGUACAAAGUUAAUUAAGUUAAUUUAUAUGAACGGAGGAGAGUUUUUUUUUUGUAAAUUGAUAAUCACAUUGUGUAAGUUGUAAAAA